ACCCGACCCUCCUCCGUGGACCGAGGCGCCCUGACCGGCCGAGCCGCCCGGCGCCCCUCCGGCCGGCCCCGCUCACCCCGAAGCGCCCAAGCCGGGAAGGGGGGCCGCCCCAGGAGAUGACAGGACGGGAGAGGAGAGGAUGGGCCCCUUCGUCCCCGAGAGCGGCGAUGACCCUGAUGACCAACAACUGAGGUCCCCAGCGGCCACGGCGGCCCCGAUCCCGGGGAUGGAGCGAGGGGCGGAGCCGUGGGGCCCGGACCUCCGGGGCCCCGAGGACAGCCCGAGAGACGGUCCCGCAGCAGGAGCCGGGAGCCCUAACGAGGAGGGGGACGGCCCCCCGUGGGGAGGAUCCGGGGCCGGGACGCCGCCCCCGGGGGACCCGCUCCCCGGCCCCGACCCGACGGACCACCCCGCGGGGGAGGCGUCCCCGGCCGACUGGGCCAAGGCCCGCGAGCCCGGCUGGCAGUGGGGGACCCUGGCCUCCUGGGCCGGGGGCGCGGCGGUGGCGGCGGCGGCGGCGGCGGCGGCGGCGGCGACGGGCGGCGGGGGCGAGCCGGGCCUGCGGGAGCUGGUCCAGGGCCGGCCGGCCGGGAGCGAGAAGCCGUACAUCUGCAACGAGUGCGGCAAGAGCUUCAGCCAGUGGUCCAAGCUGCUGCGCCACCAGCGCAUCCACACGGGCGAGCGGCCCAACACCUGCUCCGAGUGCGGGAAGAGCUUCACCCAGAGCUCCCACCUGGUGCAGCACCAGCGGACGCACACGGGCGAGAAGCCCUACCGGUGCCCGGACUGCGGCAAGUGCUUCAGCUGGAGCUCCAACCUGGUGCAGCACCAGCGGACGCACACGGGCGAGAAGCCCUACAAGUGCACCGAGUGCGAGAAGGCCUUCACCCAGAGCACCAACCUCAUCAAGCACCAGCGCUCGCACAGCGGCGAGAAGCCCUACAAGUGCGGCCAGUGCCGGCGGGCCUUCUACCGCAGCUCGGACCUCAUCCAGCACCAGGCCACGCACACGGGCGAGAAGCCCUACAAGUGCGGCCAGUGCGGCAAGCGGUUCGGCCAGAACCACAACCUGCUGAAGCACCAGAAGAUCCACGCCGGGGAGAAGCCCUACCGCUGCACCGAGUGCGGCAAGAGCUUCAUCCAGAGCUCGGAGCUCACCCAGCACCAGCGGACCCACACGGGCGAGAAGCCCUACGAGUGCCUGGAGUGCGGCAAGAGCUUCGGCCACAGCUCCACGCUCAUCAAGCACCAGCGCACCCACCUGCGCGAGGACCCCUUCAAGUGCCCCGUCUGCGGCAAGACCUUCACCCUCAGCGCCACCCUCCUGCGCCACCAGCGCACCCACACGGGCGAGCGGCCCUACCAGUGCCCCGACUGCGGCAAGAGCUUCAGCGUCAGCUCCAACCUCAUCAACCACCAGCGCAUCCACCGCGGCGAGCGCCCCUACGUCUGCGCCGACUGCGGCAAGAGCUUCAUCAUGAGCUCCACCCUCAUCCGCCACCAGCGCAUCCACACGGGCGAGAAGCCCUACAAGUGCCCCGACUGCGGCAAGAGCUUCAUCCGCAGCUCCCACCUCAUCCAGCACCGGCGCACCCACACGGGCGAGAAGCCCUACCAGUGCCCCGACUGCGGCAAGAGCUUCAGCCAGAGCUCCAACCUCAUCACCCACGUCCGCACCCACAUGGACGAGAGCCUCUUCGUCUGCCCCGACUGCGGCCGGGCCUUCGCCGACGCCGCCGAGCUGCUCCGCCACCGGCCCAGCCACGGGGGGGCCGCCCGGCCCGACGGGGGCCCGCCCGGCUUCAACGACGAGGCCAUCUUCGCCCAGCACCAGCGCGUCCACAUCGGGGAGAACCCCUUCCCCGGCCCGGGGCCCGCCGGCGGGGCCGGGGCCGACCCCUUCCGCGGCCUCGCGGGGGGCUCGGCCCCGCUGCCCCCCGCCGGGCCCUGCGCCUGCUCCCGCUGCGGCGACUGCUUCCCGGACCGCGCCCUGCUCCUCCGGCACCAGCUGGCCCGCGGCUGCCCCGAGGGCCGGCGGGGGAGCCCCGGGGACGGGGCCGACCCCGACCCGGGCCCGGCCGGGAGGCCCUUCGGGUGCCCCCAGUGCGGGAAGAGCUUCGGCCACGGAGCCGAGCUCCUCCACCAUCAGAGGAGCCACCACGGGACCCCCGGGGCCGGGAAGGCCUUCUCCUCCUCCGUCCUCCUGGAGCACCUCAAGAGCCCCCUGGGAGCCCGGCCCUACAGCUGCUCGGACUGCGGGGCCUCCUUCCUCGACCGCCUGGCCCUCGGCCGUCACCAGGGGAUCCACGCCCUAGAGGCCGGGACCCCCGGCCCCCGGGACGGGGACGGCGACUCCCCCCGGGACGUCCCCAGAACCCACCCGGGCGAGAAGCCCUUCGUCUGUCCCGAGUGCGGGGAGGGCUUCACGGAGACCGCCACGCUGGCCCUCCACCGCCACAGCCACCCCGGGCUCGCCCAGUGAACGCCGGAUGGGGGGCGGGGGCGGGGGAGAACCCGCCCCCCACCCCGCGAUCCUCGAGAGGGUGGCCGCUCCGCCCUCCGAGAUCCUUCCGAGAUGCAGGAGGGGAGAACCUUUCGAGGCAGGAGAGGAAAAACUGAUGGGGUCGAGGCCCCUAUAAAUACGUAGGAAAAAAAACCACCCUCUAAGUCCAUAGCCGAAGAAAACCCCGUAAAACCGUAGUGGGGCAGAAAACGAAACGAAACGCGAAAACCAACCCUGUAAAACUGUAGGAAGGAGGCUCAGUGGGACUCGAGACGGGAAAACCCCACAGACCCGUAGGGACAACCAAACCCUUCGAAACGCCGGUGAAAAAUUCUGACAAUCCUGUAGCGUCGGGGGGGGGAAAGGGGCCGGGGGAAGCCGCUCUGAAGCCGUCGGGGCGAGAGGGGAUUUGCCCGAAAUACGCCCGGGCGGUGGAACGAGCCCCCGCCCCGACGCAGCGGUCAAGGAGGAACUCUUUCAAGGCUUUGGGAGAGCAGCCGUAGAGACGGAGGGGAGCGUUCACGGCGCUCUCUAAAGCGGUUAACUGGGAAGACGGCAGAGGAUGAGUCAGUGAAAAUUCCCAUUCAGUUUUGGGGAGAAAACUCUGAGACCCCGUGCAGGAAAGAAUCUGCUAAAGAGCGGUAGACACCAGGAAGUUCCCGGCAGAAAAAUCUCCUUCCCUUAUUAGCCUGCCGCGGAGAAAAAAAAAACAAAAAAACGUAGGAAAGUGUGGGAGGGGAGGAGAGGAGAAAGAAUCUUCAGAAACGCAAGGGGAAAUGUCUUCCGAAGUAGAAGGAAAAGCCCUAGAAAUACCAGAGAGGGAAUUUCUAUCCACCCGUAGCCCCUGCCGCCCCCUCGUACGACCCCUGCCAACAGCGGACGGGGAGGCGGUACGCAAUCUUGGGGAAAAUUUUUUUUGAGAGGGAAAUCCUUUUUUAAAAACAAAAAAGGUUUUAGGAAAAGACUCUGUAGUGUAAAAACCACACCAAUCCGGGGGUGGUGGCGGGAAUCGCCACCAACCAUCCGGAAAAUGUAGGAUUGUUAAGAAAACCGAUGACCCUUUUAGGGAAAAAUUUGGACUUUUAGAGAAAACCAUAGCAAACCGCUGGCUGUUCCUCUUCCCGUCCUGGGAGACCGGGAGGGCAGGAAGACGGCGUUCAUGUGAGAAACUUGGAGCCCCCCAGGGAUAAUCCCAUUCUUCCCGCAGCCCACCUGGGGCGAGGCUGGGGCCGGUGGCCUCUUCCGUUCUGAGAUCCUCAAGGGAGGAGACUCCACAACCCCCCAUCGGCCCGCACGUCUCUCCCUCCUCCUGUGUGGGGAAUUCUUCUGCUGCCGUCUCUCCGGCUGCAGGGAUGGAGAGAGCGAGACAGACCCUGGCAGUUCAGUAUCACCUUUCGGAGGAGAGCGGAAAGCGUCCAGCUCUCCGCUGUCCGUAGAACUGGGGCUAGAGGAGGACGCAGAGAACGGAAAUCCGACCAACGAAAAAGCACAGCCCGGCAAGUGAACUCCACCUCUUUCCCCUCUCACCUCUUCUAAUCAGAGUUCUUUAACGAGAAGCCGAUAGCCGGUCGGUCCUCCCCACUGCCGUACACCCAGAGGCUCUCGUGAGGAGCGGGAAAGCCGGGCGACCGCGGAAGGAGCUGAAAGAUGAGCGGAUGAUCGGCCCCUAAGCGUUGGCCGUGGCUUUUCCACUUCCCUUCCUGCAUCCUCCAGCCCUUUCCUCGUUCCCGCUACCCUCCUCGCUCCCCUUCCCCGGAUUUAAGCGGCUGGGCCUUCCAUCCGGACCGGGGCGAUAAAGUCGGGGAAAUCCCUGCCCUUCCUCCACCUGGCAGAAAACUUCAUGAUUCUAUCAGAGGGAAAACCACUCCAUUUCUAUGGGAAACAAGCUCUAAAAACAUGUAGUGAAAGAUACCUAUAUGGGGGGAAAAAGACUUGAUCGGGUCUUGGCAGAGAGACCAUUUAAGGGGUCGAGAGGAAUAGGAGGGCACAGAUAUGGGAGGACAAAAUCCCCAGCAAAGCGGUGAAGGGAGAAAGUGUUUGGCAGACGCCCCCCUCUUAAACCAUCUCUUGACCAGCCAGUCUUCUGGAGGACCUACCUCGGGAGCAACUAGAGGGGACUUAAACUUAGGAAUCCAUGCGGUUCUAGGGGACGUUGGCAUGAGGAAAUUUCCAUUCUAUGAGAUCACAGGGGAGAUCCCCCUUUGAAUUCACAAGAAAAAAAAAAAAAUGAACUCCUACCCCAUAAAACAGUGAGGGAACCCAAAAAGCCUGAGGAUCGAUCCUAGAAAAUGGGAUCCCUGUAGAUUUUUUUAGUCAAAGCAUCUCCCGCCGCUACCCGGCAGCCGAGGGCAGGAGGGCCCGGCGAACACGAUGUGUAGUUAGGAGUGGACGGGACGGGGGUCGGACCUCAUCCAACGAUCUCCAAAACCAAAAAGGCGGGGGGGCGAGGGCGUUCGCCGCCACAGAGGCAGGGGAAGAACUCCCCCGGGAAAGUGGGAACGGAAACGUCGGAGAAUUUUGUAUCCGGGGGGAGGGGAGGGCAGGUGAGAAAUCCUUAAAGCCAGCAGAAAAAAAAGAAACCAAACCCUCUUUUUUUAAAAAAAAACGGUAACAGAAAACCCCUCAAAAUGCUUGUAAAGCUAGAAAGAAAAUCCAUCGCUGUUAAACGAGACUAGAGAUACUUAGGGGGAGAGGUCUGAAGGGGAUUAUGGUUAGCUGGGAGUGUAGUUCUCAGAAGCUCAGCCCAAAGAGGCUUGUAUUGUAGGAAGUGUAGAGGAUAUAGGGUGUAGAAAAUUAGGAUGCUCGCAUGUU